UUCCGGUGCCCUCUCGACUCGACGCCAUUUUAAUUCAGUUCGAGGAGGCGACACGGUUAAAAGUUGCAGCAAACCAGCGACAUAUACAGUAAACCCAGAGCAGCUCGACAAGUAAAACUGAUAUCAACAUGAGUGGCUGUCGUGUCUUCAUCGGCCGCUUGAGCCCACACGCCCGAGAGCGAGACGUGGAGAAGUUCUUCAAAGGAUACGGACGGAUCCGGGAAAUCAACUUGAAGAAUGGAUUUGGCUUCGUGGAGUUCGAUGACCACAGAGACGCAGAUGAUGCAGUGUAUGAGUUGAACGGCAAAGAAUUGUGCAGCGAAAGGGUGACAAUUGAGCACGCUCGCUCCAGAAGAGGAAGGGGAGGUGGCCCCGGGAUGGGACGUUUCGGUGGUGGUGGCGGCGGCGGAGGUGGAGGUGGUGGUGGCGGCGGCGGUUAUCGCCAAUCACGCAGCAGUGGAUCAAGAUAUGGCCCUCCUGUGCGGACAGACCACAGACUCAUUGUGGAGAAUCUCUCUUCACGGAUUAGCUGGCAGGACCUGAAAGACCUGAUGAGAAAAGCAGGUGAAGUUACCUUUGUGGAUGCUCACAGACCCAACAAAAACGAGGGGGUGGUUGAGUUUGCAUCUCGCAGUGACAUGAAGAACGCUAUCUCCAAGCUGGACGGGACAGAACUGAACGGACGUAAGCUGAAGAUCUUUGAGGACAGCAGAAGUCACAGUAAGAGCCGCUCUCGCUCCCGAAGCUACUCCCGCUCCAAGAGCCGCUCCAGGAGCCGCAACCGCUCCAGGAGCCGCUCCCGGAGCCGCUCCAGGUCCAUCAGCCGCACUCCAGAGAAGAAGACCUCGGGAGGGGGCAAAACCACGGCCCGGUCCCCCUCCAAGUCCAAGUCCCGCUCCAAGUCUCGCUCCAAAUCCCGCUCCAAGUCUCGCUCCAAGUCCCGGUCUAAGUCCCGCUCCAAGUCCCGCUCCAGGUCCCACUCGCGCACGCCGGUCCGGGCCCAGAGCAAACAGUCCCGCUCCCGUUCUCGGUCCCGCUCGCCCCGCUCACGCUCCCGCUCGGCCUCCGCCGACAGCAGGCACUGAGAUCAGUCCACCCGUAGGCCGUCGAAUAGACUGAUAGCUGCUCACCGUGGGCCUGGAUGGUGGCGUGUGAUUUAUUAUUAUUUUUUUCUUCUUCUUUUUUUUUAUUUCAUUUUUUUUUUUUUUUUUUUUUUUUAAACAAAGGGGAGAAAUUGCCUUUUACUUGGCUUCCUUUGACAUAUGACAGGUUGUAAAUUAGCCAGCUAUCAAUGUGCACACAUUUGGCUUUGAUUUUUAUCCGUUGUGUUUCUUAGUUUUUGAUGUGCUUCCACAGAGAAAGAGAUUUUGUUUUUGUUUUUUUGUCAGACAUUUCAGGGUUGUUUGUUUUUGGUUUUUUUUGUGCCCCUUCAUAUCAAAUGUAUGAACCUCUGAUUUUGAUCUGUGAUGAAAAUCCUGGAGUGUGUCCGAGCUGUCUGCCAUGUUUUUGAUUCCAUCCACUCCUUUGUGCUUUUUUUGAGGGAAAAAAAAAAAAAUCUAUCGAUGCGUCUUAUGGUUUGAGCUCCUGGUUUUGCUGUGAAUCUGUGACGAGUCGCUUCUACACGUGCUGCAUUCACUGCCCCCGUCGUAUGAACGUGAUGAUGGAAACAUCUCCGCUCAACUGGUGGUAUAUUUCUUGUAUCAUGGCUUUGGAAUCUGGCAUCUGUUGUGGCUGGCUUUUUUUUUAAAAGUAAAAAAAACAAAACAAACAAAAAAAAAUGUUUAUUCGGGACAUUGUCUCAUGUUUCUGAUUUUUCUUAUUAACUUAAUCUCCGGCCUGUGGGGUGUUGAGAGACUGAACACAUACUCGUCUCUAAAUGUUUCUUAAUUUGAUACUAAUAAAAAACGCCCUCUGCAUAUUGUGAUUACCUCUUGUAAUGUCUUGUUUCUUUUACAUAAUAAAAACUUUGUGAAUGUGGCUCGUGAGUUGCCCAUUCAUGUCAAA